GCCAUAUUUACAGUUUCAGCAUCUGGCAGAAGCCAGACAUAAACAAGUGACACAGUUUAGUAUCAAUUAGCAAACCGAGUAAUUAAUAAAACGUCUAAAAUGACUUUACACUUAUGUAAAGGGGGCUUCAGAGCGCAGAGGACAUAUGAUUAUCUUUACGAUCCAGUUUACACCGUGUCAGGGGAGACUGAUCACAUCCAGGAGAGCUAUAAGGCUAGGGAAAGCGUGGACUAUGUGAUAAAGGUUCCAGAGUUUAACUCCAUGUUCAGUGAUCUCCCUCACUACCCACGUUUUACACUCCGUCUAAACCCUGUUGAUCCCGUUCCUUCCUUCAUCGACCGCCGUUGGAGAGGACAUGCUGAGCAGAGGAGAGAAACACAUUCAGGGGUGCUGCCUGGUGUUCAGCUGCACAAACCCAAAUCUGAUGACGUCACCGGAGAAGACCGCUGGAAGUUCUUUAAGCGACCACUCGUUCGCUACGCUCAACAGAUUCCAGAUGAUGUUAUUUUCGCAUUAACCAAGACUGACUCCCACAUUACUCAGCAGGAUAGCUCUAGCUCUGAACGGAUGGAAAGCUUGUUCCAGCGCACAGUAGAGAUUCAGACAGAUUACAGAGAGAGCGAGGCUCAGACUGAUCCUUUCAGCCCUGAGUACAAAUUACGUCCAGGAGCAGAUAUUCCUGAAAUCCUCUCUCUGACCAAUUUCUCUUGGGGUCAUGGGCUUCCUGCUGGUCUGGACGAGGUGGAGAUGAUAGAAAGAGCGAGACAGAAGAGGGCGUGGGAGGCCACACUGCCACCUAUGAGUGAUCCCACUCAGCUGGACAAGAGGAAGAGGAUGAUAAAUGACAUGGAGGCAAAGGAGUGGGCUUUCAGGGAACAGGAGAUCGAGAAGCUGCAAGAGACUCGUUUGGCUCUUCUCAAGCGUUUUUUACAGGAGAGAGAGUCACAACAGGACAAGGUCACAGUGCAUCGCCUGAAUGAGCAUUUUUCCAAGCUGCAGAGAGAGAAAGAAAACCGACUCCAUAAAAUCCGCAAAAACUACGCACUCGCUAUUCGGAAACUCGUGGCAAAAAGAAAGAUGUUGGAAGGUAAGCUGACGAGGCAGGACGUUAUCACCGAGCACUUGGAUUACGGGUCUCAGAUGUACGCAGCACUCUUCCCCCAUGGGGACGUACCUGAUCGACACUCACAAAGCAACGUCAUUAAGAGCCACCUCCUCGAUACCUACGAUGGUCUGGUAGAGCUGGAGGCAAGUCUUCCACCUUCAGUCCAGGAGCCACAAAUAAAAGCUCAAAGGCCAAAGAAGAAAGGCUUCAUCCGUCGCUCAGACCGCAGAGAAAUUGAUUUACUGAAGACUUACCAGGCACUGAAAGACAAGAAGGUCAAGGUGGAGGAAAAGAAACCUCUGCGCUUCCUUUAUAGGGUGGAGAAACCAGUCCCUCGUCCCCCAACGCCUGAGGUGGACGUGCCUCCAGAGGGACACGAGGAAAAGGAGCUUGCCGUCAUUUUUCUACAGAAGCUGAUCCGAGGAACAGCCAUUCAGACCCAGAUGCUGGAAGGUGUAGAGAAGCACGUGGAGCUGAUCCAGGAGAUGCGCACUACCCACAGCCUACAGCGGGAGGAGCAAGAACUCCAGAGAGCAGAUAAACAGGUCACACAGGCCCUGCAGAGACAGCACGAGCUCAGUGAGAGCAGGAUGGCUCAGAUACAGAGCUUUGUAGACGGCCUUUCAGGGGAGGUGAUUGGCGACAUGCUGGACUUCCUGUCGAAGGAGCUGGUUCGUCUGCAGGAGGAAAGAAGGAUCCAUGCUUACAUGCUACUGGCAGAAAGGGACCGGCGCCUUCGGGAGGCUGAAGAGAGUGGUAGGAGACAGGUGGAGGAGCGAAGACGGAGAGAAGAGGAUGAGAUCUUCAGACAGGUGAUGAAGGUGCACCAGGCCACAGUGGAUCACUACCUGGAGGAUGUUAUCCUGAACAGCAUCGAUCAAACGUCCGAGGCUCAGGCCAGAGAAGAGAUCCACCAAUUUGCAGAGGAGCUCAACAACAUCACCUAUGCCAUGGAGGAAAUGAGAAACAAUGAGCAGUCAGAGGCGAUUGUAGCUCAACUUGUCUACAGCUUCCUCAUUCCUGAAGUACAGAAGGUCAAGGUCCGUGAGAAAGUGAAGCAGAGUCAAAGGAGGCACUUACAUGCAGCCCAUUCCCUCAUCCAUGACACUGACAGCUCGUCCACAAGCCCUCGGCCCCUUUCUCCCGCAAGCAGAGCCUCCACCUCAUUGCUCUCACAGAUAGUCGAGCAGGUGGAGGAGGCUUCACACAACAGUGUUCCGGAGAACGAACACACAGAUUAGCUACACAGUGUAGCUAGAUAUUUAUGGAUAUCUGACCAUCAUGCAUGUAUUUCUUUCAGUUUCUGGAUUUAGUUCCUUUUUCUGUUAAUAUAACCACCACUAUUACUGAGAAGCUUUUCCAUUAGAUACCCAAGGCCAUUAGGCAAAUACAUCCUACAUAAAAGUGUGACAAGUGACGUGACAUACAGCUAAGUACGGUGACCCAUACUCAGAAUUUGUUCUCUGCAUUUAACCCAUCCAAAGUGCACACACACACCGUGAACACACACCCGAAGCAGUGGGCAGCCAUUUAUGCUGCGGAGCCCAGGGGGUUCGGUGACUUGCUCAAGGGCACCUCAGUCAUGGCCAGCCCAAGAGUCAGACACUCUAACCAUUAGGCCACGACUUCCCCGUGUUUGCAACCUUCUGGCUAAAAGAACUACAUAUGGAUGUGAUGGUCAGGUGACCACAAACUUUUGGCCAUAUAGUGUAUUGAUUGAUACACUAUAUAGUUGAUAGCUGAUCAGAUUAUUUUCUUGUGAUACACCAGUGACUUGUAGAGACAUCGCAGAACACUUCUACAAUCUGUUUUGCUUACAGAUAAAUCUUUAAUACUGUCAAACAAUCUCGUACACUAGUACUUUGAUUUUUAAAUAAAUGUACAAAUUGGUUCUA